AUGACCAGGAGAGAGGUGGAAGUGUGUGCGCUUUUUCCAAAAGAGAGGAGACUGCCACAAAUCAGAGGACGGUGCAGAGGAAGAUGAAGGCGGUUGCUCGUUGCUUGGAGUUUGGAAGCUCACAGUCUGAAGCUGCUCUGGUGUGUCUGUCAGGUCUGUGCCGAGCUACAGGUGGAGCAGACUGUGCCGCCGUCUCAGACUGAAGUGAGGUGGACGCCUUCAGGCUUGCGAGUCUGUCCUGGAAACACGUGAAGGAAAUAUGCACCUCACCUUUUGGCCCUGCCGCCGUAGCUGCUCAUAAAAUGCGAUCCUGUUUCGUUAGCGGUCCGGUGGAAAGGUCUGCUAUUUUAACUGUGUUGGCGCGUAACGUUUACCAUGUUAGUGGCACCGUGGCCGUGCCACAAAAAUGCAGGAUUACACAAUCUGUGGAGCGAUGUAUGAGUGUAAUGCAGUCCGGAACGCAGAUGGUCAAGCUGAAGGCGGGUUCCAAGGGGCUGGUGCGACUCUUCUACCUGGAUGAACAUCGCUCCUGCAUCCGGUGGAAGCCCUCACGCAAGAGCGAGAAGGCCAAGAUCACCAUUGAUUCGUUGUACAAAGUGACAGAAGGGGGCCAGUCAGACAUCUUCCACCGACAUGCAGAAGGCAGCUUCGACCCCGCCUGCUGUUUCACGGUUUACCACGGAAACCACAUGGAGUCACUUGACCUGGUGACUUCCAAUGCAGAAGAAGCCAGAACCUGGAUAACCGGUCUGCGGUACCUGAUGGCUGGGAUCAGCGACGAGGACUCGCUGGCCAAACGGCAGCGGACGCACGACCAGUGGAUGAAGCAGACGUUUGAGGAGGCUGAUAAGAACGGAGAUGGUCUGCUGAACAUCGAGGAGAUUUAUCAGCUUCUCCACAAGCUGAAUGUGAACCUGCCGCGCAGGAAGGUCAAGCAAAUGUUUCAGGAAGCAGACACGGACGACCAGCAGGGCACGCUGACGUACGAGGAGUUCUCCGUCUUCUACAGGAUGAUGUCCCUGAGACGGGACCUGUUCCUGCUGAUGAUGGCGUACAGCGACAGGAAGGACCACCUGACGCCGGAGGAGCUGGCCAACUUCCUGCGCACCGAGCAGAAGAUGAUGAGUGUGACUCCAGAGUAUGUUGCAGAAAUCAUUGACAAGUUUGAGGCGGCUGAUGAAAAUAAGCAAAAGGGCGUUUUGGGGAUAGAAGGUUUUACAAGCCUGAUGCGCAGCCCGUCAUGCGACAUUUUCAACCCUAUGCACCAUGAGGUAAACCAAGACAUGGACCAGCCUUUGUGUAACUACUUCAUCGCCUCCUCCCACAACACGUACCUGACCGGGGAUCAGCUUCUCUCCCAUUCCAAAACCGACAUGUACGCCUGGGUCCUGCAGUCCGGCUGCCGCUGCGUAGAAGUGGACUGCUGGGACGGUCCUGAUGGAGAACCGAUGGUCCAACACGGCUACACGCUGACCUCCAAGAUACCUUUCAAAUCUGUCAUAGAGGCCAUCAAUAAAUACGCCUUUGUAAAUAACCCGUACCCAGUAAUUCUCUCCAUAGAGAACCACUGUAACAUCCUGCAGCAGAAGAAGAUUGCACAGUACCUGCGAGAUAUCUUUGGAGACAAACUGGACGUGGGAGACGCACUGAGCAGAGACUACAAAACAUUACCCAGUCCAAACAGCCUGCAGGGCAAGAUACUCAUCAAAGGCAAACGUCUGCCUGCCUAUCUGUCCGCGGACGCCGAGGAGGGCGAGGUGUCAGACGACGACAGCGCGGAUGAAAUUGAGGACGAGUUCAAGCUGAAAAGCAGUAAUGGCAACGGUCACCACCAGGUGGAGUCUCACAUUAGAAAAAAACUGGACUCCUUGUUGAAGGAGUCUCGGAUUGGAGACAAGGAAGACAGUGACAGCUUCAGCAUCAGGGCUCUGCUCCGAGCCACGAGCCAAGGCCUCCAGAAGAACCUGCGACAGAGCUCCAAGGGGGUUCUGAAGAAAUCCCAGAGCAGAUCUUUCAUCACGACGCUCAAACAGAAGAGGCACUCCAAAUCCAGGCUGUCGUGCCAAAGCGUUGACAAGGAGGAGGACGGUCAGGAGAGGUCUGGAAGAGAGGCUGGAGGACAGUUCAGCAGGGGUGGGAGGAAGAGGAAGACGAUGAAACUCAGCAGAGAUCUGUCAAACCUGGUGGUGUUUUACUCUGUUGCCUCACAGGAGUGUCUGAAUGAAGGUACUCCAGGUGAUGUGCUAUCAUUCAGCGAGACCAGAGCGCAGUCUCUGGUCAAUCACAAAACCGAACAGUUUCUGGCUUUUAACCAGAGGCAGCUGUCACGGGUUUAUCCCUCAGCCUAUCGAAUUGACUCGUCCAAUUUCAACCCCCAGUUCUAUUGGAACGUGGGCUGUCAGUUGGUGGCUCUAAACUAUCAGACGGAGGGCAGGAUGAUGCAGCUCAACAGAGCCAAGUUCCUGGUGAAUGGAGGGAGCGGUUAUGUCCUUAAGCCUCCUCCAAUGUGUAAAGGCUCCUUUAAUCCAUUCAGUGAUGACCCACUUCCAGCGUAUCCUAAAAAGCAGCUAAUUCUGAAGAUAAUUAGUGGACAGCAGCUGCCCAAACCACCAGACUCUAUGCUCGGGGAUCGUGGAGAGAUUAUUGAUCCUUUCGUUGAGGUGGAGAUCAUCGGUCUGCCAGUUGAUUGCUGUAAAGAACAGACACGAGUUGUGGAUGACAACGGGUUUAAUCCAGUAUGGGAAGAGACUUUGUCUUUCACUCUUCACAUGGCUGAGGUGGCUUUGGUCCGCUUCCUCGUCUGGGACCACGAUCCUAUUGGAAGGGACUUCAUAGGUCAACGGACUGUCGCCUUUAGUAGCCUGAUGCCUGGUUACAGACAUGUCUACUUGGAGGGGCUGACUGAGGCUUCCAUCUUUGUUCAUGUGUCAGUGCACGAUGUCUACGGCAAGUGGAGCCCACUAGUGCUGAACCCCAGCUUUACCAUAAUGCACUUUCUAGGAUCUAACAAGGGUCAUCAGCUGCGAGGCAUCCGGGGUUUCUUUAACCGCUCUUCCAAGUCCUCUGUUGAUACUAACUCCAGUGGUCUUCGUAAACGCUCCAUCAGUGAUCAUCUUCUGCGCCGCACGGCCAGCGCCCCAGCAAAAGGACGGAAGAAGACCAAAAUGCCGUUCUCAGAGUCUGUGGCUUCCAUUUCUGACCAAAGGAAUGGCACAGGGGCAGCAGCAGGAGGAGACAGCUCGUCAGUAAGGGAUGGGGGGGUUGAGAGGCGUCUCCAGCCCCGAGGGCCCCUCAUUCACAGGCCUAUCUCCAUGCCCUUAGACAAGCUUCUACAAGGGCAGCUGUCCAUCUGCUCUCCAGACAAGGAGCACCAUGAUAUGUGUUCAGACACAGUCAUUGGACCUUGCCACAGGCCCAGAGCUUCCUCCGUGGACCUUCUAAUUGAAUCGUCGUUUUCUGUUGGAACAAGCAUCUCUUCUAAGAUAUACAGUAAUAAAAUAGAACCUGCCCAAUUGCAGGAGGCUUCCUAUCUAGUCAUUGGCGAAGGAGAUGGAAAAAAAGAGGACGAAUAUGUCAAUUACCAGGUAGAAAAUAGUGGAGUCAAAUCCAAGAUCACUGUCAUAGCAAGAGACAAAAACUGCCUCGUCUCACCUUCCAUGACCAGUCAGAUGAGAUCAGAGAAACCAGAAACAUCUUCAAACUGCACAGCAUUCACAGUCACCUCGUCUUCCUCCUCUGCCCACCACUCUGUGGCCUCUAUGUCCCUUGCCAGCAUGGACUGUAAUCUGAAGGGCCCCAGCUCUCUGCACGACAGCACCAUCUCCAGACUAAUUGAUGCUAUGUCUUUAGGCAAUGAUCAAGAAACAUGUGGCUCAAUUUCUGCUUUCAUUGGUCAGUUUGAAAGUACUUUUGAUCAGAAAACGUCCACAGCAAUAUCCAAUGAAUACCCUGCUUCUUGCCACCCGAACCUGAGGCCCACCACACCUUAUGCAGUGGAAGAUUUAAGUUCUCCCCUCAAAGCCGACGCUCUCAAAGAGAAAAGCUCAAUCAGUAAUGCGAAUCAUAAAAUCAUGUCACCCUGCAAAACACUCCAGGCAGGUCAAACUAUUCCACCUCUCCUCUCAAGCCCGGAAACCACAGAGCAUGAGGAGGUGUACACCAUUCUGGAUGAGGAAGUGCUGCUGCCUGUAUCAGUGUAUAACCUUAAGAAACAGAGCAUCCACGCUCAAGUAGACAGUAUGGGGAGCACAUCCUCAAACAGCUUGGGAUCUUCUCCAGGAAAAGCAGUCCAGAGUGGGUACAACUUGCCCUGGGAUAUGUGUAGGAGGCAGGCUGAGAGUGAAGAAAUGGAAGAGGCUGACGAACGGAUAUAUGAGGAAGUGCAUGAUUCUCCUGUUACACGCAAGAGAGAGUGGGGUACGUCUAAAACAUUGACCAACACCUUUGUAAAUGACAACUGUCCACAGUUUCACCAUGACUCAGUUAACGAAGUGGAAAUUAAUGUUGAUGAGGACCCUUUGGAUAUGAUGUUGACGUCAUCUAGAUAUAGCAGGCAAUGGGAGGGACUCACAAGUCCAACCAAACGUCAGGCUAUUUAUGAAAAUCACGAGUCCACACCCAACCACUUCCAACAUAAGCAGCCUUCAUCUUGUCUCGACCUUCAGCACUACCCAACCCGUGUAUAUCAAGUGGCCUAUUCACAGUGUCCCUCCCCGAUAAACACACCCUGCUAUCAGCUGUCCAGUCUAAACCAGCAUGAGAACCCCUGUCAGCCUUCACCACUGCACAAACACAACAAUUCUAGAUCCUCCAAUCCUAGUCCACUGCGCCAGAAUAGCUACCCAGUGCCUCAGAACAAUUCUAAGUCCUUUAACAAAAGCAGAGACUUUAGCAGUUCUUUUACAUUACAGAAGAGCUAUAGUGCCAGCCAGCACCUACAUAGGUCCCACCAAGACAGACUAGGGUAUAAACACGAGGAAAGGGAGCAAGUGAGAUGUUUCAAUAACGGUUUUCCAUCUUCUGAAUGCAUCCCCAACCCUUCUGCUGGGCCUAUGAAUGUCUGUAAAGACAGACGCCUGUAUUCGCCUUUGUCAACGUGUGAUGCAGUGAUCAGCCAUGUGGACUGUGUUACACCUUCACCGGAGUCUCCAGCUUAUGAAUGGUCCCAGCCAAACAAACAAAAUGAAACUCAAAUACAUAGCCGGAAGCAGUCUUGGAACCAAAAGGUUUCUGUCAAUAUUACAAACGAGACUGAAGCCAGAGGUUUAAACUUAGGACCUUCAUCAACCCGCUCCCAUUCAGCUUCAAAAGACUCUAUAGUCCCUGCUCCUUGUAAGUCAAAGUCCUUGGGAGACCUGACAUCUGAAGACAUAUCAUGCAACUUCCAGGGCAAAUACCAUAUCAUAAGUCGUAGCUUCAUCACUCCCCAUAUGAGGAAGCAAAAAAGAAUGGGCACCAGGGGGGAAGUACCUUUCCAAUCACACUCUUGUGAUCCACUUACAGAGCAACUACGUAAGCUGGUCAGUCUAGAAGGCGAUGAGAGUGACAGAGAAAAGUCUCUGUCUCUCCACCUGCAUCCAGAAGAAAAAGACUUCCCCUCACAUCAGCAGGCCACCACCGUAGCACCUGUCGUUCCCAGGAAUACAGAUGACUCCCCUCCACUUCUAACCCGGCGACUCUCCUCUCGGAGCCAAAGUCGCGUCCGUCACAUAAACAGUCGUGCCCGAGAAAGACAGCAAGAAGCGCUGAAGCCCCAGGCGGGUGUUGUGCUCCACAGUCCUGUUAGCGUUGGUGGGGUGGUUUUGAGGAAUAAACCAUCUUCACAGAACCCACCAGCGAACAGACACUCCACUGGUUCUUACAUAGCAGGCUACCUUGGUCAGCUGGAGGACAGGGGUCUUCCCGAAGGAGCUUGCACAUCGUUGCGCUAUGGUAAUAGUGAUCAUUAUGGGGAUCGGUACUACACCGAUGACUCUGUUCCUUCUCGAGACUCCUCCUACUCUGUGUCAGAGCCUGAGGUCUAUUUUCUGCUCAGACUGUAGCUGUAACCAUACCCAACAUGAACUUAAGGAGCAAGCACUGAUUUUUACACUAAAUGCCAGAGGAUUAAGGACUGAAUACUUUCCCUAUGUUCACAGGCCUUUGUUUCCCUUAUUCCGGACUGUUUGUAGAAAAAGAUGUGGUCUGUACUGUACAAAGUCAGUUAAACAUCACGUGUAAUUCACAGGUGGACCUGACAGCAUGACUUUCCUGUAUGAAAUAUCCACUAUUCAAUGGUGAAUGGUUUUUCUAGCCUGGCAAUGUAUUGUCUAUAUUCUGCUUAAUGUGUUAAUGUACUGUAUAUGGGGUCUUUGAUUCCCACCCAAUGGCUUCCUGGACUGAUUGUACAGAUCCUUGUUCUCUGUCCCUGUGAUGUACUGUCCAAACUGUGUAAACUGACUAUGAAGCAAAAAAGAAAAAUUGGGUUUCAAAGCAAAGAGCGAAUGUCUUUCUUUGUGUCAAUUGAAUGUGAAGUACAACCAAACAUGUUAUUUUAAUGGAUAGUUCACUUUUUCAAGUCUUCCUUCCCCCUUCAUUGGUGUUUUCUUAAUUUGUGUGGUAUAUAAAUAUUCCUGUCAUUGUUUUCAGUCUGAGAUGGGUUACAUUUGAGAACCACUUCUGUACAGUACAUUUAUGUUUGUGCAUGUUACUCGUGAACAUGUCAAGCAUGACUAUGCACCAAUUUAUACAAUAAAUGUCAGCCGCCCAACAGCGUUUGCACAGAUCAGAUUAUUGCAUUGGAUGCCACAGAGGCUUGUUGGUAUUGAGUGCAAUACACUAAAGAAAUGUCCGCUUGGACUUUCUGCUUUUGAGUUUUAGAAAAUGAAAAGGUGAUUGCAGAUUUUAGGAGUUUUAGACUUGGAGUUUUAAAUGUUUUUAUUUUUAUAAUUGCUUUGAUACAGACUAUGACGUAAAGGAAUAAUAAAACCAAGUGACAGCUACAUGGAGGGGGUGGGGGUGACAAAGUUGCAGGCUUUUUUAUUAUUACUGUUUCAGUGUUACACCAUCUUGUUUUCUUUGUAUUGUUGCUCAUGUGAGGAGCAUUUUCCUACCAAUGCAAUAAAAUAUUAAAACGUGA